GCACCGCGCGCAUACCACGUAUACCACGUACCGCGACCCCCAAUUCGCCUUGCCGCCCAUGUCUGAGACCCAUUCGACGCUGCUGUACGGAGGAGUGACCGCGCUGGUCGUCGGGCUGUCUAUCUUUGGCUGGCGCCGUUCGCGGGGCGGCAGGACGUAUCCGCCGGGACCGCCGGCACACCCCCUCUUGGGCAACCUCAAGGAUAUACCGACGGGCGGGUCUGAAUGGCUCGCGUACGAGCAGCUGGGCAAGCGCAUCGGAAGCGACGUGAUCUACAUGACGGCUCUCGGAUCGCAUCUGCUGGUCCUGAACUCGUUCGAGGCCGCGAGAGAUCUGUUGGAUAAGAAGGGAUCGCUGUACUCCUCUCGGCCGCGCCUGGUCAUGAUCAAGGAGAUGAUGGGAUGGGACUGGAACCUCAUUUUGAUGUCUUACGGAAAGCUGUUCACGGCCUAUCGUCGAGUCGUCCAGCAAGAAUUUUCGGCCCCCGUCGUCGCGGAUCGGUAUCGCCCGGUGAUCACGCGAGAGGUCCAUAACAUGCUAGGCCAGCUCUUGCGCGCGCCCGAGGGGCUCGUCAAACACUUGAAAACAAUGGCGGGCGCGGUCAUCAUGAUGGUCACGUACGGCCACCAGGUCACCUCCAUGGACGACGAGUUCGUCAAGCUCGCCGAGCAGGUUCGCGAACACGGCGAGAAGACGCCGGGGAGCAACAUCGUGGAUAUCUUCCCGUUCAUGAAGUACAUCCCUGCUUGGUUCCCUGGCGCCGGGUUCAAGCGCGAGGCUAUGCUCAAGUACAGGCUCGCGAUGGAGAUGCGGACGGCUCCGUACGCGGAGGUGAUGAGCCGUAUGGCUGCUGGGACCGCGGUGCCGUGCAUGGUCAGCCGCCUGAUGCAGGAAGACCUGCCGAACGAGAACGUCGACAAGGGCGAGUUCGUCAAGAACUGCGGAGGCGUCGUGUACAGCGCUGGGGCUGAUACCACUGUCGCGGCGUUGGCGAACUUUUUCCUGGCUAUGACGCUGUACCCCGACGUCCAAGCGCGCGCGCAGAAAGAGCUCGAUGAAGUGAUCACAAGGGAUCGUCUGCCGACGUUCGAAGACCGCCAGCGUCUGCCAUAUCUGAACAAUGUGGUCAAGGAGAGCCUGCGCUGGAAGCCUGUCGCUCCUCUAGCUGUACCCCAUUCUUCGAUCGAAGAUGACGAAUACCGUGGAGGCUACAUCCCGAAGGACACAACUGUGCUGCCUAACAUAUACGCGAUGCUGCACGACGAAGCGCACUACAAGAACCCUAACGAGUUCGACCCGGACCGCUACCUGCCCACGAGCGACAACCCCGAGGGAGAGCCGGAUCCGUCCCGUGCCGCGUUCGGUUUCGGGAGACGCAUCUGCCCCGGCCGCUUUUUCGCCGACGACUCGCUCUUCCUCACCAUCUCGUCCGCGCUGCACGUAUUCUCUAUCAAGAAGCCGGACGGGUCCAAGGGCGUCGAGAGCGUCACCUGGAGUUCCGGCUUGGUCAGCCUUCCGUCACCGUUCCCAUUCGCGAUAGUACCGCGGUUCGCGGGCGCGCCCGACCUCCUGAACGUCUCUGAACCGGUCUAAAGUUGGGGGCGCGAGAGAGCUCGAGCUAUUGGCUGCUCGUCACCUUCCCCCCUGGUUCUCUCUUUGUUCUGAUACACGUUCUUUAUGUGUGCAUCUUAUCAAGUCUGAUGAAUCCCAUGUUGUGAAG